AUGAAAGACCCAUCAGGAUCAUCUUUGCCACCUCCCCCACCAUACAACGAGGCCCAAGUCCCCGCGAGCUCGACCGCCGCAAACCCAGAUCCCACCUCUUACUAUCAAAGCGAAGAAACCCGAAACUUUAUUCCAGAUGACUUCAAAUACUCAGUGACCGUAACGUCGUGUGACUCGCGGGUGCGCAGGUGGUUCAUGCGCAAAGUCUAUACGCUUUUGUCGUGCCAACUGCUGUCGUCGUUUGCAUUCUGCUUCUGGGUAAGUCGCUCCCCGCAACUUCAAGCAGCCAUCUUUAACCACCAAUGGAUAUUUUUCUUGGCCGCCGUUUUAGGAAUAAUCAGCUGUGUUUGGCUCUCUGUAGCGCCCAGGGCUGGUGAUUAUGCCGAGGACACGACUGCUCUAAAUCAAGAUAGUCAGGAUGCACUACUCGAUACUGAGCCCCGCGAAGAUACCAAAAAACCAUGGUACUAUCUGUCAUACCGCGGCCAGUUGCUGCUUUUAGCUUUCUUCACACUUUGCGAGGCGUACACGCUAUCCAUGGUCACCCUUGUGUACGACUCACGCACUAUUUUGAGUGCACUUUUCAUCACCGGUACCGUCGUGGUGGGCAUCACAGCCAUGGCCGUAUCAGAUAGGUUUGAAACAUCCGUCACCGCCUCCAACACGAUCUAUUACUGGCUGAAUUUGGCCCUGUGGUUGCUGAUUGGUAUCGGAUUGUCUUCGAUCUUUUUUGGUAUGAACUCCAAGGUAGACUUGCUAUACAGCUGGCUGGGUGCCGCUGUAUUCACGGUCUAUUUGUUUAUCGACACGCAACUCAUCUUCCGUAAAGUUUAUCCCGAUGAGGAAAUCCGCUGCGCAAUGAUGCUGUACUUGGACAUCAUCAAUUUGUUCCUAUACAUUUUACGAAUUCUGGGCCGCAACCGCGAGGACUAA